AACGCGCGGUCGUGGUCCACGAACCGGAGACCUGGCACCAAAGCGGAACUCUCUGAAACGGGAAAGUAGUUAUUGUAGAGCAGCACGUAGGAUGGCGAAUAGUUACGGGGCGCGUUCUGUUUGCCAGGUGUCAGGAAUAAAAGAUGAGUGAGGAUUUUUCUUGCCUUCUGGUAGGGAAUCUGGUAGGGACACAUUGGUAAACAUUUGCGCUAUCGUGGGAUAAAUGCAAUAGCUAGAAAGUCAUGAAAGAGCAAGCUCAAUUGAUGCAGGAGAGAAAAUGAAUAGACUGAAAAUGUAAAGUAGAUUUAAGAAGAGCAGGCAAAUACAUAAACACCUGAUGGGAUAUUAAGCAGAAGCUUCGGAUUUGCCUCAUUCUUUGCUCCAUUUAUAGUGACCUUCCCUCCCUCUAAAAGCCGAGCCCCUUACCUGCUUGGGAGUUCUAGGUCUGUUUCCCCAGCCUAAGUCACCCCCUUUGCCCCACAGUGGAAUUAAACAGUACUCAUUCUCCAGUGUAGUGCAAGCCUCUUUUUUUCUCGUUGAGCACACACCCAAGCCACCAACCAGUAAAUCUAUUGGGUUUACUUCCAAAAUAUGUGUUGUCUUUGUCUGCUUCUUUGCCGCCAUCCUGAUUGAAGUCCUGUCAGUUGCUUGGACCACAACCCUCCGCAUCCUGGAUGAGAGUGUGAAGAUGCUUAAAGAGCGUCCAGGGAUGGCAGAAGUCCCUCAGCAGCAGAUGGGUGUUCCUGUGGUAAAAUUGGAGAAAGAGUUGCCAUGGGGCAGGGGAAGGGAGGAUCCUAGUCCUGAGACUUUUCGGCUGAGGUUUCGGCAGUUCCGCUACCAGGAGGCAACUGGUCCCCAGGAAGCCCUCAGGAAACUCCAGGAGCUCUGUCGCCAGUGGCUGAGGCCUGAGCUGCACACCAAGGAGCAGAUCCUGGAGCUGCUGGUGCUGGAGCAGUUCCUGACCAUCCUGCCCCGGGAGUUCUAUGCCUGGAUUCGGGAGCAUGGCCCAGAGAGCGGCAAGGCCCUAGUGGCCAUGGUGGAGGACUUCACAGAGAGAGCACUGGAGGCCAAGGCGGUUCCAUGCCACGUGCAGGGAGAGCAGGAGGAGACAGCACUUUGCAGAGGCCCUUGGGAAGCAGGUGUCCACCUGGGACCAGUGGAGGUCAAGCCUGAGUGGGGGAUGCCCCACGGGGAAGGUGUUCAAGGCCUAGACCAAGGCACCGAGGAGCAGCUCAAUCAGGACCCUGGUGCUGCGACACAGGCCUUCCAGGAGCCGGCUGUUCCAAUUCUUCAGGCUGGUCCUGGCCUCCCCACAGUGAACACUAGAGACCAAGAGAUGGCAGUUGGGUUCCUCACAGCUGGGUCCCAGGGGUUGGGACCAUUUAAAGAUAUGGCUCUGCCCUUCCCAGAGGAAGAGUGGAGGCAUGUGACCCCAGCCCAGAUAGACUGCUUUGGGGAAUACGUGGAACCACAGGACUGUUCAGGCAUUGGGAGCAAGGAAAAAGAGGCCAAAAUCCAGCAGGCAGACCUCAAGGGGGCACUUGCUCAGGGGACCUCUGAGAGGUUUGGGGAAGCUGCUCUCCAGAGCCCUGAGCUUGGAAGAACCUGUGAGCAGGAGCCUGGUAAUUCUGUGGGAAACAUGCCAGGGCCUCCUCCCCAGCAUGGCAUCCUACCUGUACCUGAUGACCUCAAGACUCACAGCUCCUUCUGGAAGCCUUUUCAGUGCCCUGAGUGUGGAAAAGGCUUCAGUCGGAGCUCAAAUCUCGUAAGACACCAGCGAACCCAUGAAGAGGAAAAAUCCUAUGGCUGUGUUGAGUGUGGGAAAGGGUUUACUCUGAGAGAGUACCUCAUGAAGCACCAGAGAACCCACCUGGGAAAGAGACCCUAUGUGUGCAGUGAGUGCUGGAAAACCUUCAGUCAGAGGCACCACCUUGAGGUCCACCAGCGGAGUCACACGGGGGAGAAGCCCUACAAGUGUGGGGACUGCUGGAAAAGCUUCAGCCGGAGGCAGCAUCUUCAGGUGCACCGGAGAACGCACACUGGGGAGAAGCCCUACACCUGUGAGUGCGGCAAGAGCUUCAGCAGGAACGCUAACCUGGCCGUGCACCGGCGAGCCCACACCGGGGAGAAGCCGUAUGGGUGCCAGGUGUGUGGUAAACGGUUCAGUAAAGGGGAGCGGCUGGUCAGACACCAGAGGAUUCACACAGGGGAGAAGCCCUACCACUGUCUUGCCUGUGGGAGGAGCUUCAACCAGAGGUCCAUUCUCAAUCGGCACCAGAAAACUCAGCAUCGCCAGGAGAUUCCCGUGCAGUAAGGGUGCUCUGUGGAAAUGCAUCUUGUGGCUAAUACAAAGUGCUGGACAAGGCGGGACCUUCUGGGACCACCAGAUGGAGGGAGACCGUUCUGGAGGAUGUUAUUCACCUUUACUCACUGAAGGGUUUGGAGGGGGUGUUGAGGGUUAUGGGGUGCAGAAAGACACCUUGACCCAUUUGUUCAAAAGGAAAAGGGCAAGGCCAGGCUCAUUUUGAGUUCCCAGAGAGCACAGCCUCUCCUAUCUCUUACCCAAGUAGUGCUAACAGUUUUUCUUACCGUCUUUUGGGGAAACAAUAUUCUGAGUUUUAGUUCAUGUUGAGGUUGUUCUCCUUCAGUGGGAUGUUCAUAUCCACCUCCUGAGCAAGUCUGGUAGUGAAGGCAAAAUUUUGUCCAUUGUUGGCAGCUUGAACUAAUUUUUCUGUGGUCUGUAUCCUGCCUGCCAGGAUACGAACUCUUAUCUACUUUCUUCCCCCCACUCUCUUUUCCAUUUAACAAAUAUUUAUUGAACACCUACUAUAUGCCUGGCACUGGGAAGACGGUGAAUGAGACAGAUGAAACCUUUUUCUCCCAGAGCUUUUGAUUUAGCACUGGAAACACACACAAAACCAUUAUCGUGUUCUAAGUCACAUUGUGGUGAGUGCUGUGUAAGAAGAUAUUCUUGUACUCACUCAUUCUGCUCUUCCUGCUUGGGUGCUGGAUCUUUCCCUCCCUAGUCAGGAUCACUCAGGCGGCCUCGUUUAUUUUACUUUAUUUGUAGCUCCCUUUGAAACAUUCUACCCUCAUCUGUAAACUUUCCCCAUUCCAUUCCUUGUAUUAUAACAACUGUCCACACAUUUAUUAGGAAAUUAAUAUUUUGUUAUUGAUCACUGAAUAAACAUGAGAGUAUUUUUAAAAGCAUUCAGUUCUGUAUAAAGAUCUAAUUAAGUCUGAAAGGUGAACUAGUAUUAAUACUCUAUAUUUGAUGGCAUUUUGCAGUACAUAAAAUGCUUUUCUCUGUGUUCUCACUUGAUUAAUUCCACACAUAUUUAUUGAGGCCCAACAGUGUGCCAGAAGCACUUGUCGGUGCUUGACAUAUAUCAGUGAAUAAAAUCGGAAAAUCCCUGACUUCGUGGAGCUUACAUUUUAGUGAAUGUAUUUGAUCUUCAGAACCACCCAAAGUGGAAUGCAUGGAUGCUCCCGUGAACCCUCUGGACCUGGGAUCUGAGCCUAUGCCUUGGUCCUGUCAGCUUCUUGCCCUGAAAUGCAUUUGCCACCUAUGUCUUGUUACUGAAUAAUCUCUGUCCUCAGUGCAUCUAGAUCCUUGUCAUCUGAGGUGCUUGGGGUCUUGAAUGCCAACUGGAAGUGAUGAGAUGGUAGCAAUCUGUUUUGCAUGAGUGCCAAUUUAGGAAAAAUAAAUAUGUAGGCAUUUAAAAAAUGCAUUUCUUUAAAAAUGAGAAGAUGCAGUAUUUGUAACUGUGUUUAAGCUUUUUAAAUAUUAUUUUGCCAUCACUAAAGGGUUUUCUUUCUGUUUGAAAUUCUGGAGACCGCAUAAUUCACAUGGACUGCACUGCAGUGUUGUAAUUCUGUGCCUCUGAAUGCUGUCUGCUGAGUAAAUUAGUCUUUUGACUGUGUACUAUAAUUACAAGAUGUAAUUUGUCUCGUGAUGCCUCUUAAUAUUCUUUCACUGGGAUUUUUUCCCCCCAUUUUCCAUUGUAAAUAAGAUAAAUGGUGAUGACUUCAAUACAAGGAAUUGCAAUA